AUGGAAGUCGUUGGAAGCAUGAAAGUGGAAUCCCUAUCGGCCACUAGGACGAUAUAUGACCAAGAUAGACUUUUUCUCCCGGCUGGGAUGCGUGUCGCUUUCUCCAUCGUGUGGAUUCUCUCACGUCGACCAUUUGACAUUCGUGCUACGAUGACUGGACUAGAUGGAUCAUCACACUCUAGAAGUGCAGCUCUAGUAUACGAUUCUGUUUGUCGUGUGCCACCGCUGCAGGGAACCUUGGUCGACCAGCGCAACGAGCGCCUUUGGCUUUGGCUUUGGCGAGUCGGCACAGGAAACUUUUCCUCAUUGCGCAAGAAGUCUAUGAAUGAGUGA